GUUAACCUACCGUAAACUCACACCUGAUUUUAGCCACGUUUAUAACGAAUAAAGUUAAAUAAGUUUGAACAAGUUUUAUUGAUAAGAGAACCAUUAAAAGAUAUGAAUGAGGACCACUUCGCUCACUAUCGAGGUUUUGGUCCUGCUCUUCCUCACAUUGAUCCCGUGGCCAGGACCAUCGGUUUUCAAGAUCACCUGCUCUCGUGACAAUUCCAAAAUCGUAAGAAAAGUCAUACAAAACAAGUGGCUUCCAGUAUUAGAGAGAUUUCAGGUGAAACUGCCGUUGGAAUGCCCAUUUCACCCAGCGCGCGACAUUUUCGCACCACAGCACGCUGCCAAGUUACAGCACCGCUCUUCACAAUGGACUUGUGCCUUUUGCGGGAAGUCAUUUUACGAGGAGCGUCAUCUAGACACGCACUUCGACCAGCGACACAAGAACCAGAUUAACAAGGCUGAAGACGCAGUAUGUCUGGCGGACUACUGCGAUAUAAUGCGCUGCCAGGUGCUGGUGGCGCAUGGCCUUCUGAACGGAGGCAGCGGGCCCAGCACAGACAUCGAGCUUUGGCAGGACGUGGAAGCGGCAAAAAAAGCACUUGCGCCCGCUUCAAGCAGAAGCGUUGCGAGGGUUUCUUCGAAAAGGAGACAUCGCGCUCGACCACAAACUCCAGUACCCGCAGAGGAUUGUCCUAAGACUGAUUCCGAACCUGAUGAUACUGUGAAAUACGCAGAGACAGAUGAUAAAAAGAGAGAUGAAAGUGAAAAUGACGUGAACCAAACAGCAGAACUGUGUGACGCGGACACUGUGGAGUCGUCUUUACCUCCGGACAGCAGGCAGAGGCGACUCGCAGACCUUCAGGCUGAGCGCGCUGCUUGCGAUCCCUCACAUUUACAAGGACUCAAGGUUCGCUGUGAAAAAGUCGUACACUCCUGUAUAGCGACGUUGCUGUUGCACCUGACACAGCAUCAGUUCACGGAGCUAGAAGAUGAGAUGCAGCGCGCAGUAUGCUGGUACCUGAGCUGUGACCGCUACUGGGAGCACACGCCGCCGGCUGCGAGAGCGUUUCCCUGGCCUCUUUUACUAGCGCUUGCUACGGGCCUGGCUCUUGCCCUUUGUAUGUGCUAUUAUAUAAUAUGGAUCGUGUUCGAUUCAGAGGAAGGAAGCGUUGCGGGGAGCGGGUCUGUGUCAAUGACGUCACACUCCUCACCAGCGCGCGGUGAAAGAUUGGCGGCAGAUGACGCGCUCGACGACGAACAUGAUGACCACUACAUUUACGUCACAUACCCUCCCGACCUCAAGCGCCGCCUGCUCGAGAGCUGCUACAAUAGAACAACCCGACUUUGAAACAAACGUUCACCCCAUCGUGCAUGACUACUAGAUUAACGUUGAUUUAGAUGUAACCGAGACAGUCUGAUGUAGCCAAACGUACUCUUACAUACAGUCAGUGAUAAUAUUCUGUACCUUAUAUCAGUUGAAUAAUCGAAAAAAAUAAAUAGUUUAGAUUCAAAUUGCGACC